UGGGCUGCUGCCUGCAGGCACAACGACAACAAGACGUUCCUGGUGUGGGUGAACGAGGAGGACCACCUGCGUGUCAUCAGCAUGCAGAAAGGAGGGAACAUGAGGGAGGUGUUCAACCGCUUCUGCACCGGACUCACCAAGAUUGAGGGCUUGUUUAAGGAGCGAGGACACGAGUUCAUGUGGAACGAACACCUGGGCUACGUCCUCACCUGUCCGUCCAACCUGGGGACGGGACUGCGAGCCGGGGUCCAUGUCAAACUGCCCAACCUGAGCAAGAACGACAAGUUCGGAGAAAUCCUCAAGAGGCUGCGGCUGCAGAAGAGAGGCACAG